CAUUUCUUCACCGUCAUCCAAAUCUUUUCCUCGGAUUCCUAUACAGCAACACCAAGAAGACACGCAUACGGACACAAGAAGUUAUAUAAAUAUAUAUACAUAUAUACGGUUCCUGCAUAAUCAUGCAUUCUAGACUUCUCCCCGCCAUGCUCUGCAUGGUAACCCCCAUCAUUGCAGGGCCUAUCGCACUGACGACAGUACAGGACGCAUCCAGCAAGGCCCAAUAUACGGCUCAAGGCCCCAGCAGCAAGGCCAACAACGCAGCGGAUCAAACCCUCGAGAUAAAAAUCGACAUCGCCACGCUCAAAGAGUAUAUCCCUCUUCCUGCCGAAUUCGACUCCUUCGGAGACGGACCCCUGGAAUUGAGGAUCAGCCUGGGUCCACCCGAGGAAAGAGACGCCGUAGCCCGCCCCAAGCAGCAGAAGUCCAGAAUUGCUCCGCGGGCACCCUGGAGCGCGCAGGUUCAGCACUCGGCCGUUGCGGUCCUGGGCGUUGAUCCGGAUGAUGGGAUUGAUGCCACUACUCCAACGGCGUAUAAGACGUACACGGGUGACGGGACACCUGCCGACGGCUGGCCAACCCAGGAUCAGUGGAUUUCAUACGCCUCGAUGAAGGCUCUCAACUACGACCUGAUCAUGAACUCCUGUUCCACCAACGGCUGGGGCGUAGCCGACAACACGCCCGACGAAACCGACACGCUCUUCUCAACCAUCGACCAAGUCGCCGCCACGACGCUGCUCGACCACCGCUUCAUCCUCGCGUGCGUAUUGCAGGAGAGCAAAGGGUGUGUGCGCGUGCCGACCACCUACAGCGCUGACGGGGUGCGCAACCCAGGCCUCCUACAAGACCACGACGGCCAGUCGACCUGCAACUCCGGCACAUGGGGAACGGUACUGUCGCCAUGUCCGCAGGAGCAGAUCGAGGGCAUGAUCACCGAGGGCGUAGCGGGCGCGUCGGCGGCGGGCGGCAUGAGUCUGGUGAGCAUGGUGAACCAGGGCGCUACGGGCACGGUGGCCGAUUUCUAUCGCGCGGCUAGGUGGUACAAUAGUGGACCGUUGGCGCCUGUCGAGAAUUUGGAUAACGGCGGUGGGGCGACGGCUUCGUAUGCUAGUGAUAUCGCAAACCGCCUUACGGGCUGGGUUGGCUGAGCUGUCGUCGAGCCAGGCGUCUGCCUUUACGAUAACGAUGAGAUGGACAGCGGGGAUUUUCGGAUUGGUUUUGAGGAAUAUAGGGAUGGAG